GCACAACAAAAGCGCUGGGAACAGUUGCGACUGCAACGUCGGUCGACGACGACGGAACGUCUAGAAGGUCCUUCCUUCAACCAAAAACAAAGGAUACCAAAUAAAAGGAAACCAAGAAAAAACAAAAAGUUUUAAAAAUUCAACAACUUUAACCUAGUACAAAAUGCUUGCCUAGCAAAGCAACAAAUUGCGCAUACGCCGCGUUGUGCAAAUAGCAAAAUUCAAAUACAAAACAAAGCAAACUUAACUGUGAUAAGCUACUUUUAAUUUCCUCAUUCAAUAUUUACUGUGAGCUCAAAAGAAUAACAAAAAACUGUGCAACUAGUCGCAGCAACGAUGUCCGUACCAAUGUUACUAACGCCGCUGGAACCCCAAUCCCUGGACGAGCACAUGCAAAAUUGCGCAGAUGCUGCAGCAGCCAUCAGCGCCACCAGCUAUGGCAACACGGGCAACGAGCUGAUCGAGUCGUCUUCAGGAACCAGCAACUGCAAGCCCACGCUGAGGAAGUUCAAUGUACGGCUGGAGACACCGCUGGCACCCGAGGAGCAGUUGGGACUGACUGGCGAUGCCAAGGCGUUGGGCGAGUGGCAAUUGUCGCGCUGCGUGCCGCUCGAACGAAUGGAUGAACUCACCUGGCAGACUCAUGUGCGGCUGCAAUCGUGCCGCCAGCUGGAGUACCGUUACUUUGUCUACGUGGAGAAUGCGGCGGGCUACAAGCAAAUCCGUCGCUGGGAAACGCACUUCAAGCCACGUGUGCUGGAUCCCUGCAUGGACCAGCAUUGCCACAGUCCACUAGAUGUAUUCGGAUUGGCCAGCGUGGAUGAACGCUCGGCUCAGGUGCAUCGCGGCUGGCUCAACCAUGAGGCGAUUGUACAGCUCAAGUUCAAUGGCGAGAAGAUGUUCCAAGUCCACGAUAUCGAGACUUUUGAUCCACAGCAUGUGCAGCUGAAAAUUGUGCCCGUCGAGGAGACCGCUGGACUGGUCGUAGAGUACAGCAAGCAGCUCUACGGCAAGAGUCAACUGCAGCUGCAGCCGGCGCAUGGCGUAUCCUAUACCAAGGGCGAUAUUGUCAUCUUUCACAUCACCUUGCCGCUGGAUCGCAUGAUGCUGCAGAACUUCCGCUUGGAGUGCUAUAGCUUGGCGCAGGAGCUGUUGGGCAGCGCCUCAUUGAGCGCCUCGCAGCUGGCGGGCAGCGAGGGGCUGCUACAGCUGCACAUCAAGUCCGCCCAACGGCCUGAGGAGACGCUGGCUCGCCUGAGACUGCCCUAUGUGGUGGUGCAGCCAUAUCAGUACUCGCCACUGGACUUUAAGACCACCUACGCCCACUACUGGCCGCGCAGCUGGCCCAACCUGGAUGUGGGCCAUCGCGGCAAUGGCAAGAGCUACAUUGCUGACGCGCCAUUGGAGCGCGAGAACACAAUCGCCUCGUUCUUGAGCGCCUAUUCGCAUUAUGCGGAUAUGGUUGAGCUGGAUGUGCACCUGACGGCUGAUGGAAUACCUGUGAUCUAUCACGACUUCGGCCUGCGCACUGCGCCGCCGGGCAAGCAGAUUGAGAAGCCCGAGCAGCUGGAGUACGUGUUGAUCAAGGACAUUAACUAUGAGCUGCUCAAGCGGCUGCGCAUCUUCUCAGUGGUCAAUGGCAAAGUGAUGGAAUACCCAGCACAUAAUGCGGAGCCUCGUCCGGAUCAUCGCAUCUUUCCCAGAUUGGUCGAAGUGCUACAGCAGCUGCCCAAAUCGCUGGGUAUCGAUGUGGAGAUCAAGUGGCCCCAGCGGCGCCAGGGCGGCGGCACUGAGGCGGAGCAGACCAUAGACAAGAACUUCUUUGCGGAUCGUGUGCUGUACGAGGUCAUUCAAUUUGGCUGCGGCCGCCCCUUGAUCUUCUCCAGUUUCGAUGCAGACAUGUGCACCAUGCUGCGCUUCAAGCAGAACAUCUUCCCGGUCAUGUUCCUCACUCAGGGCGAGACGAAGAAGUGGCAGCCAUUCAGUGAUCUGCGCACUCGCAACUUCCUGGCCGCCGUCAACAAUGCUCAGGCCUUCGAGCUGGCGGGCACGGCGCCUCAUGCCGAGGAUUUUCUGGGCGAGAAUGCCGCCCAUAUGCUGCAGCAGGCGCAUGUGCAGGGACAGAUAACCGUCGUCUGGGGAGACGACUGCAACUCAAAGGAGCGCGUCAAGUAUUUCACGGAAAUUGGAGCAACAGCCACCUGCUACGAUCGCAGCGAUCUCCAUGUGCCGGAGACCAAGCAGCGAUCCUUCUUCAAUUCCAGCGCGCUGCUCGCCGAGUUCGAGGCUCAAUGCAGAAUAUAAGAGGGGAAAUAGGGCUAUAAGGAAUGGGUAUUGAGGGUAGCCACUGUAGUCUUAAGCAUUAGUUGGGUUGAGCUGAGUUCCCAACCAAAAACGACUCAAUGUACACCAUAUACGAAGAGUUUGUAUAUACUGUUGCACCUAUCUAUAGAAUGUAAAUAUCUGAGAGGCAAAAUAUAUAUUUUGUUAUAUCUAUGCGAACUCAGCUAAGUCUUAUUGAAGCUAUAUUUGUAUUUUGAUCUAAGUAAAUUGUUUUUAUAUUUAUUCAAAUUAUACAGAAACCAAAAUUUUAUAGAAAAGUUUCGCAGGCGAGCUCAGGGAUGGAAAAUUAAAUUUAUAUGAAAUAACUAAAGGAAUGCUUUUAAAUAAAUUUAUAUGCAAUUGCUCUCCACAUUAUAGAUCUUUGUUCUGCUUCAUUUGAACAACAAAAAACUAUUUUUAUAUCAAUUAUAAAAGACAAUGCUUAAAGCUUCAUUCAUAACACAAAGAAAAAUAAAACAAAAAC